ACCUCAGGUCCAACCGCCCCGCCCCACGCUCUCCCGCCGGCCGCCGCACCCAGUCCCUCUCAGCCGCUGUUCGCGCCGCGUGCGCACACUCCCCGUCACAAUGUGCGGCCGCUCUCGUCUGCGCCGCGCCGCCCUGCUGCCCCGUCCAUGUCCGCGAUAUCUCCACCUCCAAGCGUAUCAGGCUAUGGGGUCUCCUCUUGCCUAUUCCUAGUUCGCUCUUCUAUUUGGUUCACUGUCUAAGGGUGAAUGAAUUCGUCCGUAUGUGAUGGGUGUGCCACCGUAUAUGCUCCCCAACUGGGAUCGAGAAUUUCAGCCAAAGUUUCAGAGAAGUUAAAUCAAGAUAUGAUUUAAGUUUUGUCUCCAAAGUGGAUAAAAUAAAAAAGGCUGCUGAUUUUUUUAUAGAGUAUAUCUAUUCAAAGAAUCUAUGUUGCUUCUGGGAUUGUGAAGUGAUGUCUCUGUGCCUCUGCAUUGAUAUGUUUACGGCUCUAUCAAAGUCCAGAGUACCAAGUGGCCCAUAGAGAAAACAUUUGUUCCAGAUGAAUGAUGUCCCUCUAGACUUUCAAAAAGUGUGGGCUGAUUACCAAACUUGUGGAUCCUAAAUUGAGUUGCGACUUCGUGCAGUGAGAAGCGUUAUUGAUGCUGGAAGUGGCUUCUCUAUGCCUGGUACGCAAAGAAGCCAGAGAGUGUGCGUGAAUUCAAAAGAUGCAGUGCAGAAGUUUAAGUUUCUUAUUUUUUCCCAAGAAAAAUCAAAGCUUGCGUCGUCUCUAUGCAUUAAUAGAAGUAGUUUAUGCACAAGUCUAAGAGGGCGGAUACCCAAGAAUUACGACACCACGCGUUGACACGCAAAAGUAAGAUUCUUUCCUGUAAUGAAUUUCGCAGCUUAUGUAUCUCCUUUCUUUAUGAAAGGAACUACUUGGUUUGGUUUCUUCCAUUUCCGGAUGCAUUGCAAAUGAUCCUUUAGUACCACCCUUGUUUAUUCACUUUUAUAUCUUCAAAGUGGGCUAUUUCUAUUAUUAAUUGUUAUUAUCAGCUCCUUAGGUUGCCUUUUACCUCCCUCAUGCCAUGUUCUUCUUGUCAAGUUUGGCAUCCUCACUUUCAAUCAUCUGGGACAUUUUACAGUGUCUAUCUAAUUCAGUGUUGUAGAUAUUUAGUGCGCAAAGGGUUGCUUUGGCCUCUAUACAUGUAUGUUAUGAACAGCAUUUGAUUUACAUGUCAUUAGUUGUUGCAGCUAGUGUACAGUCCUGACACCUGAACAUGACUACCUAUGUGUUUCUGCUCGUUUUUCGCUCUAAGAAAGGAUACUUGUCUAGCUUCUUAAGAAGUUAUGUAAGAUACAUUCUGCUCCAUCAGAUGGUUAUUUCAUUUAGUAGUUUCUGCAUGUUUGUGUGAGACUAUGGAUGCAGAUGGUUGGAUUCAUGAUUCGCUAAAAAAUGCUUGCACAGAGUUGCAAUGUAAAUUGGAUGAUGCAUAUUAUUGAGCGAUACUACUGCUAAUUUGGGUUCCAUGUGUAUUUCAUCCAGCCUGUCUUUCACCUACUCCCUCCAUUCCAUGAAGCACCUAACAUAAUGUUUUCCCAUUUGUUCCAUUAUAUAGCUCAUUUCUCAUUUACUCCCGCCCCCCGCCAAUAACUGUCCACACUCAUUUACUCCUAGAUCAACUUGGUUGGCCAGGCACUACAAACAAGAGCUCAUCUUGGUUGAAGUGCACAGAUUUAUAUGAGCUGUUUUAUGAAAUGGAGGGAGUAGAUAAUUGGAAUGCAAAUCUAUUUUAUUGAAAAAUGACAUUAGUCUGGCAUGCAUUUUUAUUCGCUUCAAUGGUGGUAAGUUUGAAUUACUAAUAUGUAUGUAUAAUAUUAUUCUUUUCUUAAUUUCAUUACAAGUGUAGCAUUUCCUUCCUUGUAUUUUUGUAGUUUCCAUGACUUUGUGGCAUAAAUAGAGCACAAAACCAUGUCUCUGUUUUUCACCAAAGUUGGAACAUGCAUCUUAUUCAUUCAAUUGUUCACUAAUGGCUCUGUUUUGCGAUAUCUGGUUGUUGUGAUAAGAUGACUUCUUCCAGGUGAGCCAUCUUCUGCUUGAACUUUCCUUAAUGUAUUAUAGGAGUAUCUCUACCAUUAAAUGCAAAAAUCCACCAAUAAUAGUCACAGAAAAUUCCCAGCCUAAUAUUCAAGUAACAAAGAGGGAUUGAAGAAACUGAAACAGUUGGUGAGUUGUCAACUUUGAUAGCCCCAGAAAAUCCUUUCUUAAUCUCACUCCGUGUUAAUCACUCCUUAUAUUAAUAUUCCCCAUCUUACUCCAUAUAUUUACUAUUCCCCAUAAUGUGUACUUUUCCAAUACUAUCAGACAAACAUCACGUGGGACUUUAUUUAUAUCUGUGUAAUAAUGUAUUUUAAGUAGAACAAGAUGAAGACCUGACUGUCAUCAAAUUCAAAGUCACCCCCUUGGAGGACUGCAAGAUUGAUCAAGUACAAUACUAGGUAUGAUGGAGAUGUGUGAAAUCAAUCAUGCAGCAGUUGAGGAAAUUGAAGAGAAAUGUUGAUUGAGACAAUUGUCCCACUUGACCAUGUUGCAAGUCAGUCCAAGCGAUUAAGUCAUGAUUCUUAACUUAUGCUUAAGCUUAACCACUUGCAUGUACUUACUGUGUUGUUUAACACUUAAAAUGCAACUUGAUUAUACAAAAUUAAAAAAUACCAUACAUGUAAGACAUUUAUAUCCUCUCUCAUCAUCAAGCAGCAGCAGCAGCAGCUUUGUUUCUCUCAGGAUCUUCCCCUGUCAAUGCACACAAUGGCAGCUUCAUUUUGGUUCUUGAACCUCACAUUUCUUUUGAUCUGUUCCUUUAUUAUAGCUCCUACCGUAGCAGAUGUUGGUCGUGUUAACUACCUGCAUAAAGGAUCUUCACUAUCUGUGAAGCAUGCGUCCGAUGUCAUACAGUCACUGGAUGGCACCUUCUCAUUUGGGUUCUACAAUCUUUCAUCCACUGCAUUCACUCUGUCAAUCUGGUUCACCAAUUCAGCUGACAGGACCAUCGCCUGGAGUGCAAACCGAGAUCGCCCUGUGCAUGGGACUGGAUCAAAGGUCAAGCUGAACAAGGAUGGAAGCAUGGUCCUCACGGACUAUGAUGGCACAGUCGUGUGGCAAAUCAACGCGUCGUCUGCAGAGGUCAAUCAUGCAGAGCUCAUGGACUCCGGGAACCUUGUCGUGAAGGAUCGAGGUGGCAACAUACUGUGGCAAAGUUUCGACCAUCCGACUGACACUCUGCUGCCAAAUCAGCCAAUUACAGCCACUGCAAAGCUGGUAUCGACUGAUCUCUCACACACACACCCUUCAAGUUACUACGCAUUGCGUUUUGAUGACCAAUAUGUCUUGUCACUUGUUUAUGAUGGGCCAGAUAUUUCUUUCAACUACUGGCCUAACCCUGACCAUAGUAGCUGGAUGAACUAUAGGAUCUCAUAUAACAGAAGUAGGAGAGCUGUGCUUGAUAAUAUUGGGCAAUUUGUAGCUACUGACAAUACUACCUUUCGUGCUUCUGAUUGGGGUUUGGAGAUUAAGAGGAGGCUAACACUAGACUCCGAUGGUAAUCUUAGGCUUUAUAGCCUGAACAAAUUGGAUAGGAGCUGGUAUGUUUCUUGGGUGGCUUUCUCCAAGCCUUGCGAUAUACAUGGCCUAUGUGGUUGGAAUGGAAUAUGUGAGUACUCACCAACACCACGCUGCUCUUGUCCUCGUGGCUAUAUUGUCAGUGAUCCAGGUGACUGGAGGAAGGGUUGCAAACCAGUUUUCAACAUCACCUGCGGCCAUGGUGGCCAGCGUAUGAUCUUCUUGAGCAAUCCUCAGACCGACUUUUGGGGCUGCGAUCUGAAUUACACCAUGUCAACAUCCUUGCAUAAUUGCAAGGAGAUGUGCUUGGAGAGUUGUGCCUGUGUAGCUUUUGUGUACAAAACGGAUCCAAACGGCUGCUUCCUGAAGUCUGCUCUUUUCAAUGGCAAGGCAGUUUCAGGAUACCCUGGCAAGGCAUAUUUCAAGGUUCCUGAGAGCUUUCUGUCUCGGUCACACAAAUAUGAUUCUGAUCUUUAUCAUGGUCAUGUUUGUGAUGCAUCGAAAAAGAAGACCUUAAAUUAUGAGACUACGCACAACCGUGAUGGUAAGGGUACAAUGUGGUACUACUACUAUUGGUUCCUCGCUGUAUUCUUUCUUGUAGAGCUCUGCUUCAUUGCUUCUGGCUGGUGGUUCAUGUCAACACAACAGUCAGCACGAUCAGAGAUCUGGGCAGCAGAGGAAGGCUACAGGGUGUUGACAGAUCAUUUCCGUAGUUUCACCCACAAGGAAUUGCGGAGGGCUACUAAGAAUUUCAAGGAGAAGCUUGGCCAUGGGCGACAUGGCUCUGUGUAUAAGGGGACUCUACAUGACAGCCGUGUAGUCGCAGUCAAGAAGCUCAACGAUGUGAAGCAAGGGGAAGACGAGUUUGAGGCCGAAGUGAGCGUAAUUGGUAAGAUCUACCAUAUGAACCUGGUGAGAGUAAUGGGUGUAUGUUCGGAGGGCAAGCACCGUCUGCUGGUCUUUGAGUAUGUGGAGAAUGAUUCACUAGCCAUGUCCUUGUUUGGUGACAAAGGGCCAAUACAGUGGCAUCAGCGGUACAAGGUCGCAGCUGGUGUGGCCAAAGGGCUUGCCUACCUUCACCAUGGGUGCAUGGAUUGGAUAAUUCACUGCGACCUAAAGCCUGAGAACAUAUUUCUUGACCUGGACUUCGAGCCCAAAAUCAGCGACUUCGGGUUUGCAAAGCUGCUUCAGAGAGGUCAGGCUGAUUCCAGCAGCAUGUCCAAGGUUCGUGGAACUAGAGGUUAUAUGGCCCCAGAAUGGGUGUCCUCCGUUCCCUUGACUGAAAAGGUGGAUGUGUAUAGCUACGGGGUUGUGCUGCUGGAGCUAGUCAUGGGUUGUCGAGUAUCCGAGCUGGCUGUUGAUGGCAGCGAGGAUGCUGAGUCUGCACUGAGGCAGUUAGAGUGCACAAUUAGAGAGAAGAUGGAAAGUGACGACUUGACAUGGGUUGAUGGCUUUGUGGAUCCUAGAUUGAAUGGUGACUUUGUGCAUUCGGAGGUGUUGCUGGUGCUGGAGGUGUCUGCUAUGUGCUUGGAGAAAGAAAAAGGCCAGAGACCGAGCAUGAAUCAUGUUGUGCAGAAGUUCCUGUCAUGUGAAUGAAUCUGGUAACUUGUUCUCCCUCCGUCUGGAAAUAAGUGACUCGGAUUUGUCUAGAUUACGGAGGAAGUAUUUCCUUUGUCCCUAGUUUAUCUUACUCCAUUUCCCUUAUAUGUUUGUUUGGUGUGUCUCAGUUUACUGUUUCGGAAUCAUAAAUUUCAGCUCUGGAUGCCUGAAAACAUCUCUUUGGUAUAGCAACUUUUGUUUAUUGAACAGUUUGGUAGCACACUUAAGAUGCUAAUGUAAAUUUUGUUGUCAGGAGAUCCUUGUGUUUGUUAUGUUGGCUACCACUUGAUAAUAUAUGCUUGCUGUGGCUUAACCUGUGUCUUGA